AUGUUAAGAGCUGUUCCCAAACAAUCUCGUUGUUUAGUACAGGAGAGACCUCAAUGUUGCUCCCUUAUUACAACCAAUGCAAAUUCAAAGAGAUCUUUCAAUUGUGGUAUGAACCCAACAUUGUCUGGACAUAACAAAUGGUCUACGAUUAAACAUGAUAAAGCCAAAAACGAUGCGGAGAAGAACAAGCUAUUCAGUAAGUUUGCAAACCAGAUACAAUUAGCUGUUAAAUUGGGUGGAGGAUCCACUGAUCCAACCUUAAACAUCAGGUUGGCGACAGCCAUGGAGGCAGCAAACAAGAACAAUGUGAGUAAAAAAGUUGUCGACAACGCUAUCAAGAAGGCAGCUGGUAUUUCGCUGAAUAAGGGUUCUGUUAUGGAGACUUGUCUUUACGAAGGGAUGGGCCCAGGAGGCGUUGCAUUUGUCAUUGAGGCUCUGACUGACAAUAGAAAUAGGACUUUUGGUUUUGUGCGCAGCGCAUUCACCAAGGUAAACGGAUCCAUGACUCCAACCUUGUAUUUUUUCGAUAAGAAGGGUUACGCAAUCGUCCGGGCCCCAAUUAAAUACGAGAACGACGAAGAUAAAAUUCUCGAGAGAGUUCUCGAUAUUAAAGGUGUUGAAGACUUAGAGCAGAUCAAAGACGAAGAAGAAGCGUCCGUAACGGACGAACCAGGCAACAGCAGCGACAACAGCGACAAGCUGGCCCUGUACUCCAUCCGCACAGAACCAUCGAGUACGAACGCUGUUGCUGCGGAGUUGAAACAGGACGGCUUUAAAAUCGAAGAACUUGCCAUUGGGUACUUUGGAAAGGACGACUUACAAGUGACAUUGCCAGACGAAGAAUCGAAGGCCAAGUUCGACAGGUUCAUGGACACUCUGGACUCUAUCGAUGAGAUCACGGCCAUCCACACGAACAUCAGAGACUAA